AUGGAGACCACCGUCCUCAGCGGCAUCAGCUUCGAGUACAAGGGGAUGGCAGGCUGGGAGGUGGCUGGGGACUACAUCUACACGGCGGCAGGAGCCUCCGAUAACGACUUCAUGAUCCUUACGCUGGUGGUCCCCGGCUUCAGCCCCCCGAGCCCGGUGCUGGAGGAUGCGGAGAGCAAGGAGGUGGCCAGGAUCACCUUUGUCUUCGAGAUGGUCUGCAGCGUCAGCUGCGAGCUCUACUUCAUGGUGCGCCAGCGCACGCGGCCACGCAAGCGGGCAAACGCGCGCAACGUAGUCGCGUUUCGUGCCGAUAACUUGAACAAGCUGAAGAACCUGUGCAGCAAAACGAUCGGGGACAAGAUGAAGAAAAAAGAGCCAGUGGGGACGGACGAGUCUGUACCGGAGAGCGCACAGAACCUCGACGAGCUCACGGCCGACGUCCUGGGGGCUCUGCAGGUAUCCCAGAUCAAGAAAGUCCGUCUCCUCAUCGACGAAGCCAUCCUCCAGUGCGACGCCGAGCGCGUGAGGCUGGAGGCAGAACGUUUUGAGAGCCUCCGGGAGAUCGGGAACCUCCUCCACCCCUCGGUGCCCAUCAGCAACGAUGAGGACGUGGACAACAAGGUGGAGCGGGUCUGGGGCGACUGCAGCUGCAGGAAGAAGUAUUCCCACGUGGACCUGGUGGUGAUGGUGGACGGUUACGAGGGAGAGAAGGGGGCCGUCGUCGCGGGCAGCCGGGGCUACUUCCUUAAGGGUCCCCUGGUGUUCCUGGAGCAGGCCCUGAUCCAGUACGCCCUGCAGAGCCUCCGCGCCAAGGGCUACACUCCCGUCUACACCCCCUUCUUCAUGCGGAAGGAGGUGAUGCAGGAGGUGGCCCAGCUCAGCCAGUUCGACGAGGAGCUCUACAAGGUGAUCGGCAAAGGCAGCGAGAAGGCCGACGACAGCUCCGUCGACGAGAAGUACCUGAUCGCCACCUCGGAGCAGCCCAUCGCCGCCCUGCACCGGGACGAGUGGCUGAAGCCGGAGGAUCUGCCCAUCAAGUACGCGGGGCUGUCGACCUGCUUCCGUCAGGAGGUGGGCUCGCACGGCCGCGACACCCGCGGCAUCUUCCGCGUCCACCAGUUCUCUCUGCAGAUCGAGCAGUUCGUCUACGCCUCGCCCCACGACGACAAGUCGUGGGAGAUGUUUGAGGAGAUGAUGGCCACGGCGGAGGACUUCUACCAGUCCCUGGGCAUCCCCUACCACAUCGUCAACAUCGUCUCGGGCUCCCUCCACACCGCUGCCAGUAAGAAGCUGGACUUGGAGGCCUGGUUCCCCGGUUCCGGCGCUUUCCGCGAGCUGGUGUCCUGCUCCAACUGCACCGACUACCAGGCGCGCCGCCUGCGCAUCCGCUACGGGCAGACCAAGAAGAUGAUGGACAAGGUGGAGUUCGUCCACAUGCUCAACGCCACCAUGUGCGCCACCACCCGCACCAUCUGCGCCAUCCUGGAGAACUACCAGACGGAGGAGGGCGUCCGCGUCCCGGAGAAGCUCCGAAACUUCAUGCCCCCAGCAACCACGGCCCCUGCCACCGCCUCCGCCACCACCGCCGCCCCCCUGGACCGCGAGAGCAAGAGCACCCAUGUCUUCCGGGUGACAGCGGCGGACCACGGGACGCCCCGGCGCAGCGCCAUGGCCACGUUGACGGUGACAGUGAGCGACACCAACGACCAUGAUCCGGCCUUCGAGCAGCCCGAGUACCGGGAGAGCGUGCGGGAGAACCUGGAGGUGGGCUACGAGGUGCUGACGGUGCGGGCCACCGACGGCGACGCCGGUCCCAACGCCAACGUCCUCUACCGUCUCCUCAACGCCGGCGGCGCCAACGAGGUCUUCGAGAUCGAUCCCCGCUCGGGCGUCAUCCGCACCCGCGGCCCCGCGGACCGGCAGCCGGUGGCGGCCUUCGAGCUGUUGGUGGAGGCCACGGAUCAGGGCCAGGAGCCGGGACCCCGCAGCGCCACGGCCACCGUCCGCAUCGCCGUGGAGGACGACAACGACAACGCGCCGCAGUUCAGCGAGAAGCGUUAUGUGGCGCAGGUCCCCGAGGACGUGGCGCCCAACUCGGCCGUGCUGCGGGUGACAGCCACCGACCGCGACAAGGGCAGCAACGCUCUGGUGCACUACAGCAUCGUCAGCGGUAACACCCGCGGCCACUUCUACAUCGACGCGCAGACGGGCGCGCUGGACGUGGUCAGCCCCUUGGACUACGAGGUCAGCAAGGAGUUCACUCUACGGAUCCGGGCGCAGGACGGCGGCCGCCCGCCCCUCUCCAACAUCAGCGGCUUGGUCACCGUCCAGGUGUUGGACGUCAACGAUAACGCCCCCAUCUUCGUCAGCACGCCCUUCCAGGCCACCGUGCUGGAGAACGUGCCGGUGGGUUACUCCGUCAUCCACGUUCAAGCCAUCGACGCCGAUUCGGGUGACAACGGCCGGCUGGUCUACACCCUCCUGGAGACCGGCGCCGGCUUCCCCUUCGCCAUCAACAACAGCACCGGGUGGAUCGUGGUGGCCUCCGAGCUGGACCGGGAGGCGGUGGACUUCUACAGCUUCGGGGUGGAGGCGCAGGACCAGGGUGACCCCCCCAUGGCCUCCUCGGCCAGCGUCAGCGUCACCGUCCUGGACGUCAACGACAACAGCCCCGAGUUCACGCGACGGGAGUACGGCGCCCGCCUGAACGAGGACGCGGCGGUGGGCACCAGCGUCCUCACCGUCUCCGCCGUCGACCGCGAUGCCAACAGCGUCAUCACCUACCAGAUCUCCAGCGGCAACACCCGCAACCGCUUCUCCAUCACCAGCCAGAGCGGCGGUGGGCUCAUCUCCCUCGCCCUGCCCCUGGACUACAAGCUGGAGCGGCAGUACCUCCUCACCAUCGCCGCCUCCGACGGCACCCGCCAGGACACGGCCCAGGUGGUCAUCAACGUCACCGACGCCAACACCCACCGACCCGUCUUCCAGAGUUCCCACUACACCGUCAACGUCAACGAGGACCGGCCGGUGGGCACCACGGUGGUGGUCAUCAGCGCCACGGACGAGGACACGGGGGAGAACGCCCGCAUCACCUACCUGAUGGAGGACAGCAUCCCCCAGUUCCGCAUCGCCGCCGAGACGGGGGCCGUCACCACCCAGAUGGAGCUGGACUACGAGGACCAGGUGUCCUACACCCUGGCCAUCACGGCGCGUGACAACGGCAUCCCGCAGAAGUCCGACACCACCUACCUGGAGAUCCUGGUGAGCGAUGUCAACGACAAUGCGCCCCAGUUCCUCCGCGACUCCUACCAGGGCUCCGUCUACGAGGACGUGCCCGCCUUCACCAGCGUCCUCCAGGUCUCCGCCACUGACCGCGACUCGGGGCUCAACGGCAGGGUCUUCUACACCUUCCAAGGGGGUGACGAUGGCGAUGGCGACUUCAUCAUCGAGUCCACCUCGGGCAUCGUCCGCACCUUGCGCCGCCUCGACCGGGAGAACGUGCCACUCUACGCCCUGCGGGCGUUCGCUGUCGACAAGGGGGUCCCGGCCAAGCGGACACCGGUGGAGAUCCAAGUGACGGUGCUGGACGUCAACGACAACCCGCCCGUCUUCGAGCGGGACGAGUUCGACAUCUUCGUGGAGGAGAACAGCCCCAUCGGGCUGGUGGUGGCCCGGAUCACGGCCACCGACCCCGACGAGGGCACCAACGCCCAAAUCAUGUACCAGAUCGUGGAGGGCAACAUCCCCGAGGUCUUCCAGCUGGAUAUCUUCUCCGGCGAGCUCACCGCCUUGGCCGACCUGGACUACGAGUCCAAGGCGGAGUACAUCAUGGUGGUCCAAGCCACCUCAGCCCCCCUGGUCAGCCGGGCCACCGUCCACGUCCGCCUUCGCGACGCCAACGACAACAGCCCCCAACUCAAGAACUUUGAGAUCCUCUUCAACAACUACAUCACCAACCGCUCGGGCAGGUCGGGCAGCUUCCCCGGGGGGGUCAUCGGCCGCAUCCCGGCCCACGACCCCGACGUCUCCGACAGCCUCACCUACGCCUUCGAGCAGGGGAACGAGCUCAACCUGGUGCUGCUGGACCCCCGCAGCGGGGACCUGCGGCUCAACGGGGUCCACAGCGCGACGGCCCAGUGCACGCUGCGGGUGACGGUGAUCACGGACGAGAUGCUGAGCAACAGCAUCACCCUGCGCUUGGCCGACAUGUCCCAGGAGCGAUUCCUCUCCCCCCUGCUCAGCCGCUUCCUGGAGGGGGUGGCCGCCGUCCUGGCCGCCCCCCGCCACCGCGUCGUCCUCUUCAACAUCCAAACGGACACGGACGUGGGGACCGCCCGUAUCCUCAACGUCAGCCUCUCGGUGCUGCUGCCCGCCUCGGGGCACGGCGCCCGCUUCUUCUCCUCCGAGGAGCUGCAGGAGCGGCUCUACCUCAACCGCUCGCUGCUGGCCGCCAUCUCGGCCCAGCGGGUCCUGCCCUUCGACGACAACAUCUGCCUGCGCGAGCCCUGCGAGAACUACAUGCGCUGCGUCUCCGUCCUCCAAUUCGACAGCUCGGCGCCCUUCCUCGCUUCCGACACCAUCCUCUUCCGCCCCAUCCAUCCCGUCACCGGCCUGCGCUGCCGCUGCCCGCCCGGCUUCACCGGCGACUACUGCGAGACGGAGAUCGACCUCUGUUACUCCAGCCCCUGCGGCAGCAACGGGCGGUGCCGGAGCCGCGAGGGCGGCUACACCUGCGAGUGCCACGAGGAUUUCACCGCCAGCUCCCCUUCGCCUGCGCCUUCUCGGCUGUCCCUCCAUCGUCCCUUCGGCCAGCGCCUCCGCAGCCCUCCGUCCUCUGUCCGUCCUUUCCUCUUGGUGUCCAUCCUCAUCGUCCCUUCGGCCAGCGCCUCCGCAGCCCUCCGUCCUCUGUUUGCCACCAAGGAGCGGGACGGGCUCCUGCUCUACAACGGGCGCUUCAACGAGAAGCACGACUUCGUGGCGCUGGAGAUCGUGGGCGAGCAGGUCCAGCUCACCUUCUCGGCAG